CAGGACAUUCCAGGGAUCUCAAGAGAUGGCGUGGUGCAGAACAGCUCUGUGGGUUUGGAUUUUAUCAGUAGUGUCUGAGGGAUGCUGGUCUUUUUCGUAUAGUUUCUCCAACUCCCUCAGCCUGACACGUGCCAUCCACUCGCGUGUCCAGCAGCUUCUUCUCCGAUACAAAGAAGAACAGUUUGGCGAUACACACUUUGAUGACAAGACGACUGUAUUAAGCACAUUACCAUCAGUCGCAAUAAGCUACAGGACAUGGCUGCAAAUGGAGGACACCGAGCGACUGUACCGAGCUUCUCGUGACCUCCAAACGUUCUGGACUCAUCUGGAGAGCCAGCGUCAGAAGCUGCAGGGGAGCAGCAUUGGAGACAAAGUGAAUCAGAUGAAGAAGAGAAGCAGACGAGGAAGACCAUACCGAUCCUUGUCGCAAAGCAUUCUGGGAGUCCAGCUGGACCUCCGGGACCUCAUGAGACAAGUCAACGCUCAGCUACUUAUCCUAAGGAUGUCAAAGAACAAGGAAUACUACACACACACACCUCCUCCAACCUCUCCAGCAUCUACUCGCUCUGCUCUGGACCUGAUCCUGUCCUCCUCUCUCAGCACCACCAACAUCCCUGGAGACACACCUGGAAGAAAUGAGCUGUCCCUGAGGAACAUUCCCAGAUCCUCCACAUCUCAGUGGGAGUCUGUUCUCAAGGGCUACGUGAUCCUGCGUGACCUGGAAAGAUACCUGAGCAGGCUGGUACGGGAUUAUACGCUGCUCCGAGCGAAAUCCUGACAUGGAAACAUCAAAAAAAUGUUUUAAUUGAAAAAAAACAAAGAAAAAAAAAAAAAAAACAGAGGGUUUAAGCGUGCACAUAUGGGCACAUUCCAAUGCAGCUAAAAGUAUUUAUUUAUUUUACCAACAGUAUUUAUUUUUAUUCGUUCUACAAACUUCCCGGAGUACUCUUUUAUUAUGUAUGGAUUUAAAAGCUUUUAAAAUUUUUCACUUUUUCAACUAUAAUUGGUAAUAAUUGUAUUAUUUUGGAGAACCACAAAACUGCUACAGAACAGUGUUUCACUUAUAUUUCCUUUAUUUCCAGGCCCCUGUUUACAUUUUUCUGGGCCGGAAAAUAAACUCCUCCCACUCUUCUUUAUAAAAGAA